GUCCUGCCCAUCUUAAGCGCCGGCCCUUGAUAGGCCCAGGCCAGCUACUGCAUCAACUCUCGCUCGUUCGCCCGCGCUUCUGCUGCUCUUCUCCUCACCCCUUCUGUCUCUUCUGCCUGCCGUCUGUCCCUCCAGCUGCACGUUGGUCGUGAUACUGCCCUCCUAGAGAACGGGCGCAUGCAGAUUCGUCUACCGCCCACUUGCAACCCCAGUCAGCCAGGGCGGGGCUAAACUAUACCGCCCUCUAAACGCCGUGGAGCUUGGGAACAGCUGCACUGCUCUUUAGCGCGCACGUUGCUGCCCGCGCACCAUGUCGUCCGGACUCGCCAGACAGCGCUCGGCGUCGCGAGGCUCUUCUGUGCGCUCAGAUGUCCAGCACAAGCCGCCGACACCCAGCAUCACUCCAGGAAGCGACGAAUUUGCCUUUGAACCAUGCGCUGCCACAGCUUCCUUCCUGCUCUACGCCCAGCGCAAUGUCAUUCUGUGCCUUCACCAUGACACCCUGGCCGUGGAAAGAAGAUUUACCCGGCAUCGCGAAGAUGUUUCGUGGAUCUCUGCCGACACCGUCAGUGAGCGCGGAGCGGGCCGUCUGAUAGUGAGCUACGAUGCGGGGAGCACCGCAAUUGUGUGGGAUCUUCUCACGGGCGAUGAGGUGGCUCGUUUCGCAUCGUAUGACCAGAUUCGGGUUGCCUCGUGGAUGAGGAACGGCAAUGUUGCGUUUGGCAAUGCGCAAGGCAACAUCAUCCUCUUUGAACCCUCAACCUCCGAGCACAUUUCUGCGAGGACCAUAUUCGACCCCAUUACGGCACUGGCUCCUGCGGCAGACUGCAGGACGUUUGCGAUUGGAUACCUGAAUGGCUCGAUUCUGAUUGCGACGCUGCAGCCGUCAUUUACUAUUCUCCACACACUCACAACGCCUAGAGCCCCUUCUCCUAUUGCAGGGCUUGCCUGGCAUGGAUCGUCCUCGAAGCAAAAGUCUGAAAUGUUAGCUGCUCAGACUUCAGAUGGUGAUCUCAGAGUGUGGAGUAUCCCCAAGGUUGCUCACGGUGGCGACACCCCUUGUGUGAUCCGCAUCCUCAACAAAUCGGAUCAAAGAGAACCCGGCCCCUGUUGGUUCGCGUGGUCGAAAAAUGGCCGAAUCGUCCAAUACACGGAAGGUCAAACAGCCUCCUGGGAUGUGCGCACCAAGCGAGUCUCGUAUGAGAGUGUGCCCACGGUCGACAAUGUUGCUGCCAUUUGCAACUACGGCCCCACUGCUACCCUCUUCACCAUGAGUCGUAACUACGGUGUGCAGCAAUAUGACUUGAAUCCUAGUGGGACGCCAACGAUUGUUCAAAAUGUCCAGCAUCCUCCCGCUAACACUCCCCCUUCUCCUCCUCACUCCCUCGAUGAACAACAUGAAAAGUCUAGCAAGACUCCACUGACUGCCCAACAACCCAAGUCAGUGGCACAUGUGCUGAUCGAGUCUGAAAGUAGUGAAGGUGAGGGCCAGGCUGUACUCUCACCGCUACAGAAGAUCGCCCAAGAGAUGGACCAGCUGGAGGAGGAGCGCCGUGACCGUGUCGGCCCUCUUAGUCCUGUCUCCAGUCGGGGUUCCCAAAGCUCUAGGUCCUCUGGGAGCGGACGUGGACCGCGUUACCGAUACGACAAGCCUGCCAACACUAGGUCGUCGAAGAGCUCAGGGGGUACUGUUUUCUCAUCAGGCACCUCGUCCAUGAUGGGUGCUUCUCGCGAGAGCAUCUCUAUAAAGUCCACCUCGUCGGCUACGUCUUCGCGCUUCACUUCUUCUCAUCUUCGCAAGGAAGUACUCCGGAGCCCCGAUGAGAGCCAUCGUACCAAGCACAUGGACCUGUUUCCCUUCACCAAGGCUAGGCUUGGUGAUGUUCCAUACCGGAAUUCUCAACUCGGUCCGGAGAGGUCCCCAGAUGACCUCCGCCAGAACAUGCUUCGCGUAGUGUUCGGUUGGGAGAAUGAUAUCGAAGAACUCAUUCGUGACGAACUUGCCCGCCAUCCUCAUGGGUCAGCCGCGGCCGUUCUACUUUCGAAGUGGCUUGGCGAUGCUGGUGCCGACCUCAUGGCGUCCAUGGUCGGGUCUGAGUCCAUGACCUCCUCGGACUGGAUGCUUCUUGCUCUCAGCUCCAUGGGCCAGGGUACUCAGAAGAAAGUUGGGGAAACUUUCGUCCAGCGUCUUCUUGAGAAGGGCGACAUCCACCCUGCCGUUGCUAUCUUACUCGGCUUAGGUGAGCACAACGAUGCCGUCGAAGUAUAUGUGUCUCGUAAAUACUUCAUGGAGGCCAUCCUACUUACAUGUCUCAUGUUCCCGACUGACUGGCAACGACAAUCAUUCCUUGUCAGGAAGUGGGGCGAGGCCGCAGUCUCUCGAGGCCAAGCAGAGCUCGCUGUCAAAUGCUUCUCUUGCAUGGGUCUAGAGUCUUCCGAGCCUUGGUUUUCUCCGCGUGCUCAGGACGCAGUGUUCUCUGCUCAAAAGCAGCACCUUCUAGGCUCGCAACUUAGUCCGCCUCUUUCACCUCCAAGCGCUGGAGGAAGUCGAAUCACUGCAAAGAUGUCUUCCCUCAAACUUGUCACCAAUUUUGGUCAAGGACCCCAACCGCAACAGAUGAUCCCCGAAGACGACGAACAGACUCCCAUGCACGUUGGCGCUACACCUAUCGCAGAGUCCGCCAUGAGCCCCACUGGUGGCAGAAACCCGUGGCUCGGCGCAAGCCUAAGAUCAGCCCGUGCUCGUGACGGAUCCCGUGAGCCAUCGUCGGCCAGGACUGCCACACCCGGCUCAUACAACCGCAAGCGUCUUCCCUCUCAGUCGGGCACAGAACGGUCCACAACAAACAACGAGUACCUUGCAUCUCUUGCUGUACCAAAUCGCGGACAACGUGACGAGAUUCCUCGUACUGCAAUCGACAACAUCGGACGCGAGGCAGAAACGCUACCGUUCUCAAGCCGCCGCGCAGCAUCGACUGGUGCCAGCGAGAAGGAGAUUGUCUUGACUGCUGCGACCUAUGAUCCGGCUAAGCCCAAGGAGCACCUGCCGUCUCCUGCUGCAGGUGUCUUCGACAACCUCAUCAGUAGAGAUGAUGACCCACGUAGCCAUUCUCGCAGCCGCAACGUACAAGACUUGCACCUUGAAGUGGUAGAGACUAUCAUGGAGAACGGCCCUGAUACUGGCUACAUCAAUUUGAGUCCACCGCUGACGGGAGCCAGCGUCAAGAGUGCAAAAGCCCGCGGCAUUGACCAGUACAUCAGCAGCUUGGAAGAGGCUAAUUACUAUUCUCGAAACCGUGGUGACUCCAAGCCUGAGCCUCGUCCGGGUUCACGCACCGAACCUCGUCCAGACAGUCGAACAGCCAGAACUCGAAGCCGAACCCGCGACGUCUCAGAAUCUCGAGGCCGCUCCGGUGCUCGUUACAUCCGCCCUGCUAAGCGCUCCCCUUCGUCGCCGGUGCCAAUGUCUCCUGAAGAUGCUGGCAUAUACGCCCGGACGAGUAAAGAGGCUGCAACCAACACGGACAGCUUCCAGGACGAACGCUACUAUAAGGUUGAUGUUGGCUCACCCAUUGCCACUGAGUCGAUCGGUAGUAGCCGAACUCAUAGGAGUCGCGCAAGAACUGGCGCAAGUAAAGCCAGGUCGUCAUCCAAGACUGCACGUCGUGCAGAGUCACCAGAAGCCGUACCACCCGUUAAGAGUAGGGGUGUCAGUCGCACCUCGAGCAAGCGUCGCAAGGACGAUCGCGGUCGUAGCUCCACUCGUGAUGAGAGCUCCGCGAGGCGCUCUCCCGGUUCGCCCAAGCCAAUGUAUCGCGACGAUGCAGCCGGCACCGAAUCGUAUGAGCCAGUCCGUCCCCGUCAGCGAAGCACGAGCCGUCGCCCUGGUGAGCGUGCACAAAGUUCACGAAGGGAAAUGUCACCGGAUCGCCGCUUGCCUCGCGACCGGUCAAUGAGUCGGAAAGCAGUUGCUGCUCUGCGAGAGACGAGUCGACCGCGUGCCGCCAUUCGAGAUGCUUCGCCAGACCGCGUGCCAGAAUUACCUACCGAGAGUCGACCAGCUUCACGACACUCCAACCUCUCUGGUCGCUCUGGACAGCGUCGUCCUACUACGCUUUCUAGGAAGGAGUUGGCCGCUCAGGAGCUGGAAGCACGUCGACUGUCCCUAGCUCGACGACCCUCUGCGCCAAUCAUUCCCCACCCUGGCGAUCUGGCUCACCGGCCUGUGACUGUCGAGCGCUCUCAUACAGAUGACUCGGAAUCGUUCGCUACUAUAUCCAUGCACCGGGACCCCAUCCAGCGUAGCCAGACUGCCGACCCUGAGAUCUCUAAGAAGUACUCACCAACCAAUAGAAUGCACAUGGGUGCUACCUCGACGAUGUCUGUACCAAUCGGCCUCCCAGCCACUCCACGAGCGAUGCGUCACCCUCGGUACAUGAGUGCUGACCCUCAUGAAAGGGAAGGCAUUCCGGCUGUUCCAACGAUUCCGGAUACUAUGGUUGCAGGCGCUCAGCAAAGCCAGGAUGCUCAAGAUGAUCUGGGCCCACUCCUACCUGCCACUACAUUCGGCCAGCCAACUCUGGCUCGCUCGGCUUCCGCACCUCCGGAGGACCUCUCACCAGUCAACAUGGCUCCCAGAAUCUCACCUACUUAUCCUCUGGGUAGACGUGGCUCGUUGGGCGGCAACCGUGGUCACUCAAGAAACACCUCAUCCGACGGCGUUACCGGACCGAACUACAAGCGCGUUAGCCCUCCGCCAAUUACAGCCAGUAUCGAUGAGACCAUCCACGAGAAUCAGGUUGUUAUUCUCGAAACCGACCCUGCUGCCCCCCCACUACUCGCGGAGCUACAACACCUGGCAGGACCACCACCUCCACCUCCUGCGCCUCUUCAACUGAACUCCAGCCCAAAGAGCAGUAUGCUAAUCACAAUGGCCAUCGAUGAAAACCCUGUGGAGAAGGCGCAGGAGGCUGUCUCUCCAGUGGCUGCCUCACCGCAGUCGCACCGACGCGGCCGGGGAAGCGUCAGCGAGAACAUCGGCAUGACCUUCAAGCGAGUCACUGAGAGGAUGCGCAGUACUAGCCGCUCUCGCAACAAGUCACCACCGAUGCGCGCAGAGAUUCCUCCUUACGAAAGUGUCCCCGAGUACUCUUUCCCAAGAAGCUCUAGCGCGCGAUCUCCUGUUGAUGGACAUGGCAGCGAAUACUUUGGCAACUUCUCACUUCCACCUCCACCUCCACCACCCCAGCCUAUGGAGCAGAUCGUCUCUCCGAUUGAGGGCCCACAUAACCCAUUCUCGGGAUACAAGCAUCCCAAGGAAAUCCGAGCCAACAUGCCCCCUGAUACGCUUCAAGCGGGUGUAUACCAGCCGGAGACCCCCAUGAUUUGAGCAGCUACUUACUGCUUCGAUCUCACCAUCUACAUAUAAUCUCCGCGACGACGUUAUGACCAUUUCGCAUCAUGCCUUCAAAACCAUCAUUCCAAAUCACAUUUACUGUUUGAAGCGUAGCAUUUUUUACAUUGUCAGUAUCAUUAGCGGGUUGUCUUCAUCACAUUGUUGUCUUGUUUCAAGAGCGACUCAUCUGAGCGACUCUGAACACUUUAAAGACUUGAAUUGGAUUCAUUCC